AUGGAUCCUGAAUCCGACAUCCUAAGAGGCAAAGGCUUUUCUGAAAAGGUAAUAUCUACUCAAGGCAAGAGGAAAGAAAAUGACAAACGAGAAAUUAGCAGCUUGUGUGACAAAGUGUCACUUUACAAAGGGGACAUCACCCAGCUGGAAGUUGACGCCAUUGUGAAUGCGGCAAACUCAAGUCUUCUUGGCGGUGGGGGAGUGGACGGCUGUAUACACAGAGCCUCGGGGCAUUUUCUGAAUGCCGAAUGUCGCACACUUGGAGGUUGUCCCACUGGUCAAGCAAGAAUCACUUGUGGGUAUGAUCUGCCAGCAAAAUAUGUUAUUCACACUGUUGGUCCUAUAGCAAGAGGACAAUUAAGCGGCCUUCACAAAGAGGACCUUGCAAACUGCUACAAGUCUUCUUUCGCACUGGUAAAAGAUAACAACAUCAGAUCAAUAGCUUUUCCCUGCAUUUCUACAGGAAUUUACGGAUUUCCAAACGAGCCAGCAGCUAUCAUAGCUAUCACCACUGCCAAAGAAUGGUUGAAGAAUAAUCGGGAAGAGAUAGAUCGCAUAAUCUUCUGUGUGUUUCUGGAAGUUGACUAUAAAAUAUACAGAAAGAAAUUGGCUGAGUUUUUCCUAAAAGAUGCAGAGGAAGACACUGAAGAUAAUAAGAAAGAGGAGAGGCCCCAACUCAGCAAGAAGAUCACUGAGGAUGUCAAAGGAACAGAUAAAAAUGCACAAUCACCUCCAACAAAGAAAUGUAAAGCCAAAAAGACUGAUAUACAGGACAAACCAGAUGAUGCUGAAGAAGACAAGAAAGAACUUCCUCCAGAUGCAGAAAAUGCUGAAGACCUUAAGGAGACUACUACUGACUCAGAUGAUGAAUCUUGUGCAGAGACAGAUAAUGCACAAGAAUUUAAAGCAGAAAUCACCGGCCGCAAUGUAGAGUCAGGUCAGUAG